AGACUGCAUUGAAUGUGGUGGUUUCCGUCUCGGAAGCCACAUAUUAUAGCCACAUUUUCUCUUUAUUCUAGACGGUGAGAAUACACCGGGGAGGGGACCAUUUACUUGAAGAGAAGGUGAAAUUCUACUCUUUCGAAGUGCGUAGUCACGAGGACUCUAAACAUCUAGUCGUGGACUGGGUGCAUCUUUACUACAUCGAGUGUUCUUUUUCUGUGGGUUGGAGAUCGACCAGAACAAAGGGAGUCUUGAGCAAGGAGUGAGUGAGUGAGCGAGCCGAGCCCCAUUAGUCAUUACCGCCUCUGAAACCAGGCCAAAUGCGUCUCUGAAAGCGACAAUAUACAGUUUUCUCAAUUUCUGUCCGAAUAUUUUUGCCAAUAAGAGGAAGAAGAUUAAAAAAACAUCAAUCGGCGCCCAAAAUGUUUCCUCAAAAUCGACCCCCGGCACCUCUCCAGCCACCCCCUGGGUCCUCGGCGUCGGCAGCUGCAGCUUCGGGAACCCCCCAGGCCCUGAAGCUCACAUACCCAGAGACCCUGGACCGCAUCAAGGAGGAGUUCCAGUUCCUCCAGACGCAGUACCACAGCCUGAAGAUGGAGUGUGAGAAACUGGCCACAGAGAAGACUGAGAUCCAGAGACACUACGUCAUGUAUUACGAGAUGUCCUACGGCCUUAAUAUUGAAAUGCACAAACAGACAGAGAUCGCCAAGCGGCUGAACGUGAUCUGUGCCCAGCUCAUCCCUUUCCUGUCACAGGAGCACCAACAACAGGUGGUCCAGGCCAUGGAGCGCGCCAAGCAGGUGACUAUGGGGGAGUUAAAUGCGUCUAUAGGGCAACAGCUGCAGGCGCAGCACCUCUCCCAGCACGUGGCCCAGGGCCUGCAGGGCCUGCAGGGUCUGCAGGGCCUGCAAAUGGGGCCCCACCCUGGGGGCCUCCCUCACCCUGGCCUGGCGCUGGGCGGUGGGUCUGGCCUAUUGGCCCUGUCCGGGGCCCUGGGGGUCCAGCUGGCUGCCAAAGAGGGCCAUGAGAGGGCCCACAUGGAGGCUGCCGCUGCUGCAGCCGCCGCAGAGCACCACAGAGACCGCGAGGCUGGACCGAGCUCUAUGUCCAACGGGGAUAAGGGCCGUUCAGCAGACUACCUCAGCAAUGGGAAGAAGAGGAAAGCUGACGAGAAGGAGUUCAUGACAGAUUAUGGCAGCGAUGCGGAUAAGAGUGAUGAUAAUUUGGUGGUGGAUGAGGACCCCUCAUCCCCCCGCAGUGUGCACUCCUACUCGUCCAGAGAAAACGGCCUGGACAAACUGCCCCCCUCCCGUAAAGACGCCCUUCCCCAGGCCAGCCCCGCCUCCCUGGCCUCCUCCAGCAGCCAAGCCUCCCCCUCCCGCAGCAAGGACCGGGAGCCGCCGAGGGAGAAGUCCAGUACCCCAGGUAUGAAGUCAGGCACCCCCCACAGUUCCCAGGACUCCUCCACCCCUGGCCCCAGUGCCCCCCCACAGUUCCGCUCCCUCCCUGGCAAACCUGGCGUUGACCCUCUGGCUCUAGGUCUGAGGAACCCUCUGGCGGUGCAGGGGGCGUACCCCCCCGGGGCAUUUGGCCUGCCCCCUCCAGGGGUGAAUGGGGAACUGGCGGGGGCAGCAGCAGCCUACGGGGCUGGGCUCCACCUGGUCUCCCCCCAGAUUAAUGGCUCUGCAGCCGCAGCAGCAGCUGGAUACGGACGAUCAGCAGUGGUGGGUUAUGAGUCUCCUCACCCCCACAUGAGGGUCCCAGGGUUACCCGCCAGCCUGCAGUCUGCUGCCUCAGGAAAGCCUGCUUACUCUUUCCAUGUCAGUGCGGAUGGACAGAUGCAGCCGGUGCCUUUCCCUCCGGAUGCCCUGCUGGGCCCGGGCAUCCCGCGGCAUGCCCGUCAGAUCCACACUCUGAACCACGGAGAGGUGGUGUGUGCCGUCACCAUCAGCACCUCCACACGUCACGUCUACACUGGCGGCAAGGGCUGUGUCAAGGUGUGGGACAUCAGCCAGCCUGGCAGCAAGAGUGCCAUGGCCCAGCUUGACUGUCUGAAUAGGGAUAACUACAUCCGUUCCUGCAAGCUCCUCCCUGAUGGGCGGACCCUCAUUGUUGGAGGCGAGGCCAGCACGUUGUCAAUCUGGGACUUGGCCACACCUACUCCCCGCAUCAAGGCGGAGUUGACGUCUUCUGCCCCGGCCUGCUACGCUCUGGCCAUCUCCCCCGACAACAAGGUCUGCUUCUCCUGCUGCAGUGACGGCAACAUCGUAGUCUGGGACCUGCACAACCAGACCCUGGUCAGGCAGUUCCAGGGUCACACUGACGGGGCCAGCUGUAUUGACAUCUCCAACGAUGGGACCAAACUGUGGACGGGGGGGCUGGACAACACAGUACGCUGCUGGGACCUGAGAGAGGGACGGCAGCUGCAGCAGCAUGACUUCACCUCACAGAUCUUCUCUCUGGGCUACUGUCCUACAGGAGAGUGGCUGGCAGUGGGCAUGGAGAGCAGUAAUGUAGAAGUGCUGCACGUCUCCAAACCAGACAAGUACCAGCUGCACCUCCACGAGAGCUGUGUGCUCUCACUCAAGUUCGCCUACUGUGGUAAAUGGUUUGUGAGCACAGGCAAAGAUAACCUCCUGAACGCAUGGCGGACACCCUAUGGAUCAAGCAUAUUCCAGUCAAAGGAGUCGUCUUCGGUGCUCAGCUGUGACAUCUCCCCCGAUGACCAGUUCAUUGUGACGGGCUCAGGUGACAAGAAGGCCACUGUGUACGAAGUUAUCUACUGAGGAAGGAGCGCUCCGAUUGGAUAAAGUGGGGGCUAGGCUCCCCUGGUGCACCAAGGACUGUAAAGAGAGUGGCGGGUGUCGUGGAGACCAGAGACACACGUUGUACUUUGUUGUUUUGUUUACGUUUGUAAAGGAUUCAGAUGAGGGCGAAGUCGGAUCUCUGGAACUUUGACCUUUAAAAAAAAAUGCUCUGAGAAAAAGCUGGUAGUCUAGCGACACAAUGCGGGAUUCUUCCAAAGACCUGUUUUUUUCCUCUCGUUUUGUUACCUUUUUUCCUGUUUUAAACAAAAUGAAACCUCUGUAGUAAACAAAAAAUUUGCAAAAAGAUAAACUUUUUUUUUUUGCCUUUUGAAUUCUUGACAAGCAGUAGGACCAUGGUGUGUGUGUGCGCGCACCGAGGGAGAUAAGGGGGUUGUAAGGGCUGUGUGGAAGGGGGUUAGAUUCAGCAACAAUAUGGUUGUAUUAUUAUACAUGGUGAAAGGACAUACCACUACCCAGGAUAUGAAACUAAAAUGUACAUGUUAAAGGUAUUCUGCAAUUUCAGGGAAAUGGCUACUUACUCCAAGUCGACAACGACAUUAGUGUUUUCUAUUGUAUUUGUAGGGUACAUAGACAGGUAUUUUCACUACUACAUCGUGACCUUUGAACUCGAUGUAUGUGUAUAUAUAUAUAUAUAUAUAUAUAUAUGUAUAUGAACUGUAAAUAAAGCUCUAAAGGCAAAAAAAAGAACAUAGGUCGGAUUUGCUUAGAGCUGGGGAGAAAAAUAAAUUGUGCUACUAUUGAAAAACUAAUUGUAUGAUUUAAUUUGUAUGAUGAUAUUUCCUUUAUAGUUUUGAGUAUCUAAUUUGAAUUGCAUAUUCCCAAGAGAAGCAGGGCUGUGACUAACCACAUAGGACUGAUGGGUCUGGGAAGGUGGGUAAGAUCUCUGCAGCCACACAGCUCAGUAGGAGUUUUGAUAUGGGUCUGUCUGCUGGUUUUUAAUGUCAUUGUCUCCCUGUGUCCCAAACUGGAAAUGGAGCCGAGUAGGACUUGCCUCUAACUUCAGUGUCCUCUCAACCCCCCCCUCCCCUACACACACCCGGUGUACUCUCUAUAUAGUGUAGCUCUGCUCAGAACAGCCUCAACCAUGAGUAGGGCUCAUAUCCAAAGGUGGACAUGGUCCAGGAGUGGGCAGUUCUGCCUGUGUACAGAUGGAUGAUAACGCAAUGUGUUCCAAGCUACUGUGUGACCCCUGUAAAUUUGAAUGGUCUGAUGAGUGUACAUGUUGAGAGAUGUCAUAUAAUAGCGAUGUCUCAUUAGGAGUGGGAUGAAGUUGCCUGGGCCUAGACAAUGAUCUAUGGGCAACAUUGACCUGGAGGAGUAGGUAAUGAUGGGAUGAUUAAGGUGGAUGUUACCACAUUCUCUCUCUCUAGAAGGGGAAGAUGGGGAGCCAGUGCGUGGCCAAGGGAAGGACCUGUGGGGCAGGUGAAAGAACUCUGGGAGUGCUGUGGGUGGGAUGGUCUGGGGGAGUGGGCGAGUUCAUUUUGUAUGGCCCGGUGCCCUGGGUGUGCAGAGUUCCAUUGGUCCUUAAGUGAACUCUCCACCCACCUGAGGCUCCGGGCCAUGCAAAAUGAACUAGCCCAUUGAUGUGGGCGAU